AUGGUGCCUUCUCCUCAGUGCUUGCAGGGUGUGCGCAAGAGCCUCUGCGUGUCAAGAGGUGCUCUAUGGAAAACUUGGAAAGAAAGAGCUAUAAAACGACCUGCAACAACCCAUGCUUUAAGACCAGAUCAGAUGAUUGCUGACCAAUUUGCAAUAAAUACAAAAGUUUCAGAAAUUCAAAAUAUGCUGCAGGAACUCAUAGGCACUGGAAUAUUCAACAAAUUAGAAAACACUGCUAUUAAAUACAUAUCAUCAACAAUACUAAAUCUUUUAAAAGCCUUGACUGUCGUAAAUGAUGAAUUAAAAAUUAUUAACAUCCGAAGUGGUAGCAUAUUUACAGAGAUAUAUGAAACAGAAAAAGAGCUGUCCCUAAAGAUGAUUCAAGACCUGAGUCAACAAAAUGAGAUACUUCAACAAAAAUUGCAAGAGGCAGAAGAAAACUAUGAACAACUCAUUCAAUUCAAAGGUAUUACAGACCGCCAAGAACAUACACCACUACCUGUAUCCACAGCCAUUAUCAAAGAUGAUGACAUGGAGGACAGUAUGGAUAAUAUUUUAUACAAAGAAUUUGAAAGCAUGGUUGAUGAGUUCAAAAUAAAAGAUAAGAAAGCCCUUGGGAAAAAGUGGUUCUCCAAGCUUUCACAUACAGCCCCAGAUGAUAUGACUCCAGAUGUAACUGCACAGCAUCUUGUACCUGAAGAAAGACAGAAAAGAGCUUCUAGGAUUUCUGAAGAAAUUACUGAGGAUAAAAUGCCACUGAAGAAAGAUGAUGUCUCUCAGAAAGAUGGGGCUGGUCGGUACCAACCACAGCAAAGAAAGUAUACAAAAAGCCCUCACGUAGAGGAGACCUCUGGGUCAAAGCUGCAGGAGGAUGUCGGUGAGGAUAUAGGAUUAGAGGCCAAACCUAAUCAGUACUCCACAUUACAUGUGCCAGAAAAGAAGAGAAAAGAAAUAAAACUAUCUUCUGAAAUCAAAUCAAAGUCAGCCACUGAAUCAAAAAGUCAACACUUCCUUCCCACUGAGACAAAGAGCCGGGAUGGCAAAAGUAGAACAAGUGGUAUGCAAGAGAAACCCAGAAAACUCAAAACCAAAUCUUUAGUAGACAAGAGUUCAGUUUUGCUAGAGGACACUGAGUCAAUAGACAAACAGAGGAAAAGUGAAAGUGACAGCUUAUCGGAGUCACUCAGUAUGACCCAGGUGAAACACACAUCUAUGCCACUUAAAGCUGAGACCGAAGGAAAGACACAGCAAACCUCUUCAGGAACUACCAUAAGCAAAGAAGGAAAAACUAAAGGAAAAGAAACGCUAACCAAGUCUAAACUUGAUAAAUCGCACUCAAGGACAGCUAAAGUGACUCCAGAAACUAUCCAAGAUCUAGGAGCUUCGGAGAGCAAAAGUGAACGGAGUCAUGUAGAAGCAUUUCAGAAAGCCAUAAUGAAUUUCUUAAAAGAGAAAAUUAAUAACAUACAAAAGCCCUCUGAUAGAAGCACCAUGCUGAAAGAGGAGGAAGAGGAGGGGGAGAAGGAGGAGUUAUUAGAAACAGCAGAAAUUGAACAAUUGGGGAUCAUAAAAGGAAAGAUAGAGGAAUAUUUCAAAAAUGUAACUGAAAUUGUUACUAACAUCCUGAGGAAAUAUCAGGUUUCAAAGAAGGAAGAACAGGUUGAAGAGAAACCUACGAAAGAAAAAAAGGAAGCUUCGUUUAAACCGGCAUUGCAUUAUCAGAAGUCAUCAAUUACUACUGCACAGUCUGAAAUUAGCACCUUCCUCUCCAAUGAGGGUGUAGAUCCCACAAUUACAAAUUUAAUACAAGUGGUUUUAACUGAAAUGGAGAGUGGAAGAGAUGCUACAGCUCUCCCCAAAGCAGCGAAAGACCAUGAGAAGGAAAAACAAAAACAGGAGCAAUAUUUAGAAGAGGAUCAAGAAAAAAUAUACGAAGAAACGGAGCAAGAGGAGCAGCACAGGGAAACGGGAAAGGAGAAGGAACGGAAGGCCAAGCAGCAGGAGGAGGCAGGGAAGCAAACCACAAAAGAGGGAGGCGUGCUCUUGGAGAGGGAGAAUGAAGAGGCGAUGAGCCAGGCUCCGAAGGCAGCGAGACACCCGGAGCCGAAAAUGAGAGGGAAGAGAGAGAAGCAAAAGCCAAGUGGAAGGGUAGAGAGCCUGGAAAGGCAGAGGGAGAAGAUGCAGGAGAAAGAAUCUGAAGAGCGCUUUCGAAUGGAGGCCCAGACUCCAGCGAUGUUAGAUGAAUCCCAGUUACACCAAGGAAACAACUUCUACAGAAUCUUAGAGCUUCUUCAGGGGACAACGCACUCCAUACCAAGUGGCUCUCCCACCUCCACCCAGUCCUCACCAUAUGCAGCCCUUCCUAUUUAUCCAGAGCCCCUCCCAACAUACCAAACUCUCACUCCUCAGCAGGCCCAGGACCUGAUGACCAUUCUAGCUCCUCAACAGGUCCAGGACCUGACAACCCCUCUGAUUCCCCAGCAGAUCCAGGCCCUGGGGACCACUCUGACCCCUGCACAGGUCCAGGCACUGAGAAACAUUCUGUCCUCACCACGGGCUGAGGCCCUGGGGCCCACUCUGACUCCUCAACAGGUCCAGGACCUGACAACCCCUCUGAUUCCCCAGCAGAUCCAGGCCCUGGGGACCACUCUGACCCCUGCACAGGUCCAGGCACUGAGAAACAUUCUGUCCUCACCACGGGCUGAGGCCCUGGGGCCCACUCUGACUCCUCAACAGGUCCAGGACCUGACAACCCCUCUGAUUCCCCAGCAGAUCCAGGCCCUGGGGACCACUCUGACCCCUGCACAGGUCCAGGCACUGAGAAACAUUCUGUCCUCACCACGGGCUGAGGCCCUGGGGCCCACUCUGACUCCUCAACAGGUCCAGGACCUGACAACCCCUCUGAUUCCCCAGCAGAUCCAGGCCCUGGGGACCACUCUGACCCCUGCACAGGUCCAGGCACUGAGAAACAUUCUGUCCUCACCACGGGCUGAGACCCUGGGGCCCACUCUGACUCCUCAACAGGUCCAGGACCUGACAACCCCUCUGAUUCCCCAGCAGAUCCAGGCCCUGGGGACCACUCUGACCCCUGCACAGGUCCAGGCACUGAGAAACAUUCUGUCCUCACCACGGGCUGAGGCCCUGGGGCCCAUUUUAACCCCUCAGCAGGUUCAGGCCCUUGGGACCACUCUAGCUCCUCAGGAAGCCCAAGAGCUAGGGACCACCUUGACCCCUGAACAGGUCCAGGAGCUGGGAACCAUUCCGUCCCUGCCACAGGCUGAGGCCCUGGAGCCCUCUUUGACCCCUCAGCAGGUCCAAGCCCUAAUGACCACUCCGACCCCCGCACAGGUCCAGGCCCUGGGAACUAUUCCAUCUCCACCAUGGGCUGAGGCCCUGGGGACCACCCCAACUCCUCAACAGUCCCAGGCUCUGACAACCACACUGAUCCCUCAGCAGGCCCAAGCCCCAGUGAUCACUCUGAGCCCUGCACAGGUCCAGGCGCUGGGAGGCACUCUCACCACUCAGCAGGCCCAAGCCCUUGGGACCCUAUUCAGCCCCCAGCAGUCCCAGACUCUGAUGACCACUCUGAUGCUUCAGCAGCCCCAGGCCCAGGGGACCCCUCAGACCCCUCAGCAGAUCCAGGUCCUUGGAACAACUCUGACAACCACUCUAGCUCCUCAGGAGGUCCAGGACCAGGCCCCAGUGACCACUCUGACCCCUCAGCAGGUCCAGGACCUGACAACCACUGUGAUUCCCCAGCAGAUCCAGGCCCUGGGGACCACACUGACCCCUGCACAGGUCCAGGCACUGGGAACCAUUCUGUCUCCACCACGGGCUGAGGCCCAGGGGACCACUCUAACUCCUCAACAGUCCCAGGCCCUGACGACCAUUCUAACUCCUCAACAGUCCCAGGCCCUGACGACCAUUCUAACUCCUCAACAGUCCCAGGCCCUGGGGACCACUCUAACUCCUCAACAGUCCCAGGCCCUGGGGACCACUCUAACUCCUCAACAGUCCCAGGCCCUGGGGACCACUCUAACUCCUCAACACUCUCAGGCCCCAGUGACCUCUCUGAGCCCUGCACAGGUCCAGGCGCUGGGAGGCACUCUCAUCACUCAGCAGGCCCAAGCCCUUGGGACCCUAUUCAGCCCCCAGCAGUCCCAGACUCUGAUGACCACUCUGAUGCUUCAGCAGCCCCAGGCCCAGGGGACCCCUCAGACCCCUCAGCAGAUCCAGGUCCUUGGAACAACUCUGACCCUUCAGCAGGCUGAAGCCCUGGGGACCACUCUAACCCCUCUGCAGGCUGAGGUCCUGGAGCCCACUCUCACUCCUCAGCAGGCUCAAGCCUUGGGGACAGCUGGGGCUGAGGUCCUGAAACACACGCUGACGCCUAAGCAGGCACAGGCCCUGGAAACAAUUCUGACCCCUGAGCAGGCCCGAGUCCUAAGGAAUACACUAAUGUCUCAACAGGCCGAGGCCCUGGGGGCCGCUCUUACCCCUCAGCAUGCCCAGACUCAGGGGAUCCCCCUCGCCCCUGAGAUGUACCAGCGUUCGGAUAUGACACCCACACACGAGCAGGCCAGGGCAUUGCAGGCUCCUCUCUCUCUGGAACCAGCCCGGACACCGGGAGUCCCUGGUGCCCCUCGGUAUGCCCAGACACUGAAAACAGCUGGCACUUUACAGAUCCAGGCAAGGCAAAUCCAACUAACUGUGAAACCCACUCAGCUAUUUGGGGUCCCUGGCACUCAAGAACAGGCUGAGCUUGCCCAAGCAAUUGGAGCCACCGUCACUCCUGAGCUGGCUCAGGCAACAGAGGUCCCUCUCACUUUUACUCAGGGACAGUCCUCAGGAGUCUCUCUUAUACCUGGGGCCCCUCCCACUCCAGGGCAACCCCUUGAGCUGGAGGCUCUUAGCUAUAGGCAGUUAUUUCUGUCUAAGCACCCUCUGGCCCCUCUGGCUCCCAGGCGGUCUCUUAAAUCAGAACUCCCACCCUUUUCUGGAAAGAUUCCCAGUCACUGGGCUCCUCUCCCUUCUUGGCAGUCCUUGGCUCCUGGGGCCCCUUCCACCCCUGAAGAACUCUUGGAAUCUGGACCCUUAGCCUUUUCCGGGAAGCCUCAGGCUUUCCUACCUUCUGUCCCUGCUGUCAAGUCUCCCUCCCUGCAGGCCACUCCUGCCCUCGGACAGUCCCUGGCACCAUCGGCUUUUCCUGGGCAAGUCUCCCCACCACACAUCCCUCCUCCUUCUGGGCAUCUCCCCACAUUAUGGACCCCCUCCGUUGCUGGAAAGCCCCAGAAAGCUGAGUCCUCGUUUGAUAGAAAGAAAAGAUUGACAUCUGUUUCCUUUGUGAAAUCGCAAUCAUCGUUGGUCCAACACAGUAUUCCCGAUUUCGAGGCAAUUCAAGCUCCUUUCACUGCGAAGAAGAUCCAAAUUUCCGAGGUCUCUGUCACUUCUGAAGAAACAUUUCAGUCCUAUAUCACCAGUGACAGGGCACCGGUAUCACACACCUCUUACAUUGAGGAGGAGGCUCUUACUCCGCAGAAACCUAGGACAACGCUACCUCCUCUCACUACGCGACUGCUGAAACCAUCGCAGUUACCAGCUCUGCAGAGGUGCUUGAGAACACGACUGCCCUCUAUAGACAAGCCUUGGAUCAAGACUUCAGCUUUGGGUACCAAGGAAACCAAAAUGAUGGUGCCCCCUUCCUCUCCUCAAGAACCUGAAAAGAUGACGUAUUUUGUUGAUGUGGAGGCUCAGAGAAAGAACCUGAUACUGUUAAAUCAGGCCAUAAAAACUUCCGCAGCGCCUUCACAGCUACACGUAACAGCCAGGAACCUCGUAAUUGAGACACUUCACAUGGACGCCAUUCGGCUGGGAUUCCUGUUCCACAAGUACAUUGCCUACAGGCUGAUCCAGCGUGCCAGACAGUCCAUGUUCCUGAAGCAGAGGUACAACCUCCAUGACCAUGAGUUCGACCAGAAGCCACUGCUUGAGUUCCCUGAUGCCAUCUUUGACAACGGCCCCUAGGACACAAAGGCUUCUGUUGAUGCACGAAACAAGCUUGGUAUUCUUUGGCAGUAUUCUCAAAAUGAAAAGCAUGGCAUGUUCUUGAUGGCCUUUGAGACACACAAAGCAGGACUGCCUGCGGAUUCUGCCACCUUUCAGGUGUCUGUGCCUGCCCUGGGCACCCUCUGCAGGGGCUCUGGCAUCUAGGAAGCUAUCAGCCAAGGAAGCAAGUUUCAGCUGGGUGAAUCAGUGAAGUACUCCAUCAACCUGGACCAGAUUGGCCAGCUGAAUUACCUCCCCAGUUAGUAAGACAUCUUGCUGGGGAGGAUGUCUACCAACCAAGGGAUCAUGGAGCAUGACUUCAUCAUUUUAAAAAUUCCCUUCAAGAUGGUAGAUGUGGCUGGCCAGUGAUCUCAGUGCCACAGGUGGUUCCGGCUUUGCUUUGAUGGGAUCAUGUCCAUCCUCUUCAUCUCCUCCAGCGAGUACAACCAGGUCCUCAUGGAGGACAAGCCCACCAACCGGCUGGUGGAGUCACUAGCCUGUGAAAUCUUUGAGACCACAGUCAACAAGAUCUUCUUCCACCUCUCCACAAUUGUCUUCCUCAACAAGACAGACCUCCUGGUGGAGAAGGUGAAGCAAGGUAUCAAGAAGCACUUCCCAGGUUUCAAGGGCCACCAGCGGGCCCCGGACUUUGACAGAAAGUGAUGGAAUCACAGAAAGCCCCUGUGAUACCACUUCACCGCGGCCGUAGACACCCAGAACACUUGCUCCGUGCUUCAUGCUUGGCUGUCUGAGAUCCAUACCGUCGAAAACCUGGCUUGUGCAUGCUGCCAGACCGGCCGCACCAGGACCCUCGAGAAUCCAGAGCCCGUAGGACAUGCGAGCUGUGCCUCCACCGACUUGGGAGCUACUCCAGUGGCUCUGCUGGAAGUAGCAGCCCUGUGGCCUUGUUUGAAACAAGAGCUGAGGUCAGCCUUGUCAGUGAGAGCUUGUUCCUCUAACAGGCUCAUCUGUUUACUCGCCGCUCAGGAGUGA